CCACCAUAUCUGGGUGAGAAUAGAAAGCACAUGUGGGGUUAGAGAAGAACGAUUUUCAUCUAUUUUAAAGGAGGUAAAUCCAUCGCAGCUUAAGAUAUACACCAUUUCCAUAUAUCUUCUCCCCCACAACGUGUACUCCCCCAAAAACCUAGAGGGGGGUUUUCAUUUCGUUGCACGCAAACGCUUCGAUUCUUCAUCACAGUUGCUAUAUUCCCAAGAUUUCAUAAUGACAGAUACAGCCAAGUCCAUUUACUUGGACUUUUGAUGGACCAGUACGAAAAGGUCGAGAAGAUUGGUGAAGGAACAUAUGGUGUGGUCUACAAGGCUCGUGAUAAAGUGACCAAUGAAACUAUUGCUUUGAAGAAGAUUCGUCUAGAGCAGGAAGAUGAAGGGGUGCCAAGCACAGCCAUCAGAGAGAUUUCUCUCUUGAAAGAGAUGCAGCAUGGAAACAUCGUCAGGUUACAGGAUGUCGUGCACAGCGACAAACGAUUGUAUCUGGUUUUCGAGUAUCUUGACCUGGAUUUGAAGAAACAUAUGGACUCUUGUCCAGAGUUUGCAAAGGAUCCUCGUCUUGUAAAAACGUUUCUAUAUCAAAUACUUCGAGGUAUUGCUUAUUGCCAUUCUCAUAGAGUUCUCCAUAGAGACCUAAAGCCUCAAAACCUGUUGAUUGAUCGUCGUACCAAUGCUCUAAAGCUGGCAGACUUCGGAUUGGCCAGAGCUUUUGGUAUCCCUGUCAGGACAUUUACACAUGAGGUGGUGACACUGUGGUAUAGAGCACCAGAAAUUCUUCUCGGAUCCCGUCACUAUUCUACUCCUGUUGAUGUGUGGUCGGUGGGUUGUAUAUUUGCUGAGAUGGUGAACCAGCGACCACUCUUUCCAGGAGACUCUGAGAUUGACGAACUGUUCAAGAUCUUCAGAAUCAUGGGAACUCCGAAUGAAGAUACAUGGCCUGGUGUGACUUCUCUGCCUGACUUUAAGUCCGCCUUUCCAAAAUGGUCCUCAAAGGAUCUGGCUACUGUGGUCCCAAAUCUUGAUAAAGCCGGUCUUGACCUCUUACGGAAAAUGCUGUGCUUGGAUCCUAGCAGAAGAAUUACAGCCAGGACAGCACUGGAGCAUGAGUACUUCAAGGAUAUUGGGUUCGUGCCAUAACUCUUCACCAGGUUAUCUUCAUGUGCAAAAUCGAACCUCUUGUGGAUUAUUAUGUGAGAUAUGUGUGUGCCAUUUUUAGAUCAUCUCCUUGUUGUCAUUUCUUCUCCACCGUAACGUUUUUCGGUGCUUUCUUCAAAAGCCAUUGUCGAAUUGGCUUGUGCCUUUUUCUUUUCAUUCGAAACCCUCUUUUCGUGUUUUCAAAAAAGUUCCAUAUUUCUUGUAACAGUUUUCUUGAUGGAGAACAUAUCAUCAGGCUUAUUUCCUUCUUUUAAUGGAGUUCUUUGGUGUGCAUUCUGCAUGUGGUUUUCAAUUAGUC